AUGGACAGGAAGAAGGCCUUUACCCCCCAUUUGGAAGAUGUGAAGAGGAAAACAGAGAAUAUUAUCACUGCAGUGAUAAGGGACAGCAAAUAUGAAGCCACUCAGGUCCAGAACUGGGUCGAUAAAAUAACGCACGAAUGCAUUGACUAUCUGCAACAAGUGAAUGACGAUUUCAAAUACGUUGUUUCCGUCAUAAUCAUGGAGAAGAAGACAGGGGGCUUCCACCUGUUCAGUACUUGUUACUGGGAUUGUGAUCAAGACGGGACGGUGACAGCGCGGUAUGAUAAUCCAGGUCUCCACGUUCUGGUGACCAUAUUCGGCAUUACCUUGGACUAA